AAUUGUAUAUCGAUUCUCUCUCCUUAAAUAUGUGUUAUCUGAUGUAUUCGUUUCAGUCUCUGAAACUUUUAAUCAAACUUUUCGCCGCCGGCUCCUGAUAUCAGGGCACAACAACAAGUCUCCUGAAUUAGCCUAGUGCGCCCAGCUAUAUCCUUUCCCGAGUUUUCCCUGGCUAAACUAGCUGGCUAGCGGAACUAUGGCUGAACUAGCUGGCUAGCGGGACUAUGCUAGUUUUCGUCCUUGUUGCCAAACUUCAUAAAUACUGCACCCUCAACUUCAAAACUAAUUUGCUAGUUAUACAAAAAAGUAUCCAAGAUAUUCGCUGGAAAGAAUCUUGAAAUUAUUUAUUGUAAGAAAACGGUGGCGAAAGAUAUCAUUAACGUUACUACUUAACGCGGAUCCAAGUUCAGUUUUGAGAUACACCAGCAUUGACGUUGGGUUAGUCGGACGUUUCUGACUGGUCUUAGAACUGUGACGACGGGCAGCCUAUCCCUGCUUGGCUCUAUGGGCUAUGAAGUGAUUCUGCCAAGACACAGAUAUGUACCACAGGAGGUUGGUGGCACGUUAAUUGGGGACGACUGGCUCGUGGUAAUGGCUGGAACGGAAUCAAUGCAACCGUAUCAAAUACAUGGUUUGAUGCCAUUCCAUUCGCUCUGUUCCAGACGUUAUUUUGAGCCGUCCUCCCCCCAGCAGCCACCACUGAUAUGUACAGUCUUGUACCCUUAAUCUUAUUUUAUUUAAAUCUGACUUUAUUAAUAUAAUGCGUAAUCCCAGAAUGACAUGAGAAAAUAGCAAUUCUACAGAUCGCAAUGACUACAAUGAAUGGCUAAAUUACUUCCGGACAGGAAGGGUCAACAGAUCUCCUGCUACUCUAUGAGGGGACACACUUUUCAUGCCGCUUCAAUACAAAGUGAUUUUUGCAAACUCACCCUUUCCCUAACCUUAACCUCAGACUCCUAACCUGCUAUGUUAAUUCUCCUAACCUGCUACUAAAAAGUCACCAUGGUAUCGAAGUGGCAUGAAAAUAGUGCUUCCCGUCUAUCGGAGAGCACCCCUUAAUUAAAACCUCUUACAGUGAAAAAAAAUAUCAUGCUAUUGUUUGAGGAGUGUGCACAAUUAUGAACUUGAAAAUGUAUUAUUAAACAGGAACAGGAAUAGACAGGAACUGACCCUUUAUUUUUAUGUAUUCAUCAUCUUUGUUUUAGCCUAGCGCGAUUGAUUGAGAACUGCAAAGCUUUGUGGGAUGUACUCAAAAGCCAAUGAUUAAAUAACCAUCUAUAUCUUAAAGUGAUUUUUAUGCGCAGUCAGAAAAGUUGUUACAUUAUGAUGAACUUUGUGAAAUAUGUUUUGAUAACAUUUGGUCCAUAUGAGAAUGUGUUCUUUUGUUCAAUAAAAAAUAUCCUUAAUUUUUAUUAUAUUGCAGAGUAUUAUGAUAUAAAAAAUAUAGCAGAGUGCCUGACUAUUCAGCUAAUUAUCUACCAGUGAUGGAUGAUGACUGGAUUGGGAGGAAGGUUUGGAUAAAGAAUGUAGGGAUGAUAAGGGACCAGAUAGGGGGUAAACAGGACAUGCAAGGUUUUGCCAUGUGACAGGCAGAUCCCUAGGUGAGCAUUCCCUGUGGAAUGCCAGGUAAGUUUCCUGCUCUACAUCAUACAUGAUCCACACAAAGCACAAACCAAAGGCAGGGGAAUACUGUGGACUUAAACCAGGUAAGACUCCACUUUAUCCUUGUUUCUAUCUUAAUUGUAUCCUCUUUAUCUUUAACUCUGCCUUGUUGGAAAAGGACCUGUAAGUAAGAAUUUCACUGAUAGUUUACACCUGUUGUAUACGAAGCAUGUGACAAAUAAAAUGUGAUUGAUUUAAUUUGUAAUAUUGAUUAAGUCACCUAUUACAAACAAUUGUAAUUAACAAUUGUCUUACAUGUAACAUAUCUUAUAUGCAACUAACGAGCUGCUUUUUAUUGGCAGAAAUCCUAAUAAAGUAGGGUGUGGAGCUAUGCUGUGUGAGACCUACUCUGACCACUGGGGGGGUCACCACACAGGGUUCCACUGUCCCCGCCUCUCUGACCCCCCUGACCUGUCCUUCUGUUGCUGGCUGGGAGAGGGGCUGGGGCUCAAACAGUGCUGCCCACGUUCCCAGUACCACAAUAGCAUGAACAGCAGUCAGACAGAGACCAGAGAGAACUCCAAAGAACCUGUUUACAGCUACAGGUCCCUGUUCCAGACUGUGGUUCUGCUCUAUGGGUCCUUGGUACUGGUCCUGAUGCUUGUGGACUUCCUAUGGUUCUGUCGUGCACGGGGUCUCUCAGUAACAUCAGCUCUUACGAGGCAUGUCACGUGUCCCCGCUGGAUCUCUAGCCUCCUCUUCCCCUACAGCAACAAGACACAGCAGCAGCUCUACCGCUACCAUGGCAAUGGGAGGGACUCACAAGUCCUAGGUGAGCACAAGAUCCCUCAAGACUCCUCUUGUCUCUAAGGUAACAGAAGACACCGACAACAGUCAGGCAAUUUGGCUAACCCAUUAAAGACUGAGAGUGUCUUAGGGGAGAAAUGUCCAUGCCAAGUUCUACAUUUGAGUAUUUGAAUCCCUUGAUGGCCAUCAAUUUAAAACAACAAAAAACUGGAUAACAUACUGCCACACUAUGGCAUAACAGGGUGUUUUCAUGCAUAUGGAUCACAUCAAAGUAUAUAGGGAUAAUGAGUGAUCAUAAGAUAUCUUAUGGUUUUGCUUGUAUAUUUCCAAUGUGUAUAGUUUUAAUAGGUACAUUUAUUCCCACCAAUACCAGAUUUAUUAGGAUAUACAGUGAAUCAGUAAACUACUUUGUCUCUAUACUGAGCAAGAGGGCUCAUACCUAAUGCCCUGCAUUGGGUGUCUACUUCAGGUAAAUGUAUGGAACAUUGGAUGAUACUGUAUGAUAUCUAUGGUCUGUCUUUUGUCAUCAUUAUCAUAAUGAAAUACAAUGCUUCAUACUAAAUAAAA